AUGCAACGUAUUAUUUAUUCAGAGAGUGAAACCAAACCGUUUUCCAAGGCGACGAGGAAAGCUAGAUACGAGGCGGAGAAAGGUGAGGGUAAGAGAAAGGUUGACGUCCUGGUGUCAGUGAAUCCCAGAAAGUACAGAGGCGUGAGGCAGAAACGGUGGGGUCCUUCACGGUGGAGAGAAGGAAUUCUUCGUCCGCACUCGGAUUUGGUUAGGGACUUUUGCUACGGCGGAGGAAGCUUGCGUUACUUACGAUUGAGCCGCGAUUUGUCUCAAGGAUCACAACGCGCAGAUGAAUUCUCCUCCAAUCCUCCUUCGCCGUUUAUCGAUCUAAAAACGGUUUCCAGCUGCGAUUCGGGGAAUCAGAACCUCUGUUCUUCGAUUCAAGUCAAAGAGGAGACAUAG